AUGCCGGUGGUGGACGACGGCUUUGAGGCCCUUCUCGAGCCCUUUUACAAUGGCAAGAAAUUGACCGAUCCUAUAUCGACAAAGGAGGACAAGUUUCAACUUCUGCCUGCCUUUCUCAAGGUCAAGGGUGAACACAUUGAUUCGUACAAUUUCUUUGUCGAGCAAGAGAUCAAAGAGAUUGUGCGCGCAAACCGUACCAUCCGAAGCGAUGUCGACAGCAACUUCUGGCUGGAAUUUACCGACAUCCGCGUCGACCGACCCCGGCGACAAGACUUCAGCGAUGCCAAGACGCAGAACGAGGUGACCCCCAUGGAGUGCCGUCUGCGAGACAUGACAUACGCCGCCCCGAUCCUGGUCGACAUCGUCUACAUCCGUGACAAGCAAAAGAUCAUGAGACGCAAUGUUCCGCUGGGCCGCAUGCCCGUCAUGCUGCGGAGCUCCAAGUGCCGGCUCAGUGGUGCCAACAACACGCUGAUGGAGAAGAUGAACGAGUGCCCGCUGGACCCGGGAGGCUACUUCAUCAUCAACGGCACGGAAAAGGUGAUCCUGAUCCAGGAGCAGCUGAGCAAGAACCGUAUCAUUGUUGAGGCCGACGAGAAGAACAACGUCAUCUCGGCCUCCGUCACCAGUUCGACCCAUGAGCGCAAGUCUAAGACCUACGUCACCCUCAAGAAGGACAGGAUUCUCAUGACUCACAACGUCCUGGUCGAGGGCAUCCCUAUUGUUGUCGUGCUCAAGGCGCUGGGUGGGCUGUCCGACUAUGAGAUCAUGCAGCUCGUUGCCGGCUCCGACGGCCGCUACCAGGACGAGUUCCUCAUCAACUUUGAUGAGGCCACAAAGGUCGGUGUCUUCACCCAGCACCAGGCCCUCGAGUACAUUGGCGCCAGGGUCAAGAUGGGAUCUAGGAGGGCCCAGUUCACCCCCCAGGCCCGCAGGAACAACGUCGAGGAGGGACUCGACGCCCUGGCCAAUCUUGUCAUCGCCCACGUGCCCAUCGAGGGGCUCGACUUCUACCCCAAGGCCAUCUACGUCGCCAUGAUGACGCGGAGGCUUCUCAUCGCCGCCCACGACCCCAAGCUCGUCGACGACAGGGACUUUGUUGGAAACAAGCGUCUCGAGCUUGCCGGGCAGCUGCUCUCCCUGCUCUUUGAAGAUCUCUUCAAGCGCUUCACCAGUGAGGUCAAGAUGUCGAUCGACAAGUUCCUCAAGAAGAACAACCGCGCCGUGCCCCUCGACGCCGUUCACAUGAUCAGUAACCACGCCAACAACAUCGGUAUGGGAAUCAACCGCGCCAUCCAGACGGGCAACUGGAACGUGAAGCGCUUCAACAUGAACCGCGCCGGAGUGACGCACGUCCUCAGCCGCCUCAGCUACAUCAGCGCCCUGGGCAUGAUGACGCGCAUCAGCAGUCAGUUUGAGAAGACACGAAAGGUCAGUGGACCCAGAGCUCUGCAGCCGUCCCAGUGGGGUAUGCUGUGCCCCUCGGAUACACCCGAAGGCGAGGCCUGCGGCCUGGUCAAGAACUUGGCCUUGAUGACACACAUCACAACAAACGUCGACGAGGAGCCUGUCAAGCGGUGGAUCUUUUCGUUGGACCCGGGCGUCGAGCCGGUCCGCAACCUGUCGGGCGCUGAGAUGCACCGCGAGGGAAGCUUCAUCAUCCACGUAAACGGCACGCCGUUUGCCCUGACGCGGUACCCCAAGCGGUUCGCUCACCGGUUCCGCACCAUGCGGCGCAGGGGCUGGAUAUCGCCGUUUGUGGGCAUCAGCAUCAACACGCAUUUUAGUGCCGUGCACAUCGCCACGGAUGAGGGCCGCAUCUGCCGACCGUAUAUCAUCGUCAAGAACGGCAAACAGAAGUUGAAGCCCGAGCACUUGCGGCUUCUGCAGAUGGGCAAGGCGACAUUCGAUGACUUCCUGACGCAUGGCGUGGUCGAGUACCUCGAUGUCAAUGAAGAGAACGACGCGUUGGUGGCCAUAUACGAGGACCAAAUUACUAAGAGCACGACGCAUAUGGAGAUUGAACCCUUCACGAUCCUGGGCGCCGUAGCGGGUCUGAUUCCCUUCCCGCACCACAACCAGUCCCCGCGAAACACGUACCAGUGUGCAAUGGGUAAGCAAGCCAUCGGCGCCAUUGCGUACAACCAGUUCAACCGCAUAGACACGCUGCUGUACACUCUCGUGUACCCGCAGCGGCCAAUGGUGAUCAGUAAGACGAUUCAGCUGGUCAACUACGACAAGCUACCGGCUGGACAGAAUGCGACAGUGGUGGUCAUGUCCUUCUCCGGGUACGAUAUCGAAGAUGCACUGGUCCUCAACAAGGCGUCUAUCGACCGCGGCUUCGGCCGCUGCCAGGUGUUCCGCAAGUACACGACGGAGCUGCAAAAGUACCCCAACGGGCGGCGCGAGCGCAUUGGCGGCCCGCAGGAUGAGAUUGUCGACGACGUACGGCGCCGCAUCGCCAAGCACGAGGCGCUCGACGACGAUGGCCUGGCCACGGUAGGCUAUCGCGUAAAGGCGGGCGAGGUCAUGGUCAAGAAGGAGACGCCCGUCGACCAGACGAGCACGGGCAUCGGGCUGGACCGCGGACCCAGCGAGUUCCGCGAUUCGGCCGUGUCGUAUCGCAUCCCCGACCCGGCCUACAUUGACAAGGUCAUGAUCUCGCAGACGGAGAAGGACUCGACCGUGAUCAAGGUGCAGACGCGACAGACGCGUCGGCCCGAGCUAGGAGACAAAUUCUCGUCGCGCCACGGACAGAAGGGUGUGGUGGGAAUCAUCGUCGAACAGGAGGACAUGCCGUUUGCUGACAACGGCGUGACGCCUGACAUUAUCAUGAACCCGCACGGCUUCCCCUCACGAAUGACGGUGGGCAAGCUGCUCGAGUGUCUGACGGGCAAGGCAUCGGUCAUAUCGGGCAACAAGGACUACGGCUUCGGUGACGCCUUCCGCUCCCACCCGGUCGACGAGGUCAGCAAGGUCCUGCUGGAUAAUGGCUUCUCCUGGGAAGGGAAGGACUACUUCACCUCUGGCAUCACGGGCGAGCCGCUCGAGGCUUACGUCUUCAACGGUCCCAUCUACUACCAGCGUCUCAAGCACAUGGUCCAGGAUAAGAUGCACUCCCGCUCCCGCGGCCCCCGCGCUAUCCUCACCCGUCAGCCUACCGAGGGUCGCUCGCGCGACGGUGGUCUGCGUCUCGGAGAGAUGGAGCGUGACUGUCUGAUCGCCUACGGCGCGUCCCAGCUCCUUCUCGAACGUCUUAUGAUCAGCUCCGAUGGCACGCAAAUCGACAUCUGUCAGCAGUGCGGCCUGUUUGGGUACAAGGGAUACUGCAACUCGUGCCAGAGCACGCGGGAGGUGACCAAGAUGACCAUGCCAUAUGCUGCCAAGUUGCUUGUGCAGGAGCUUAUCAGUAUGAAUGUCGGGGUGAGGCUGCAGCUGGAGGACGAGUUCCCGCACCCGAAGUAA